GCGGCCGAGCGGCCGAGCGACAGCGCCGCUAUACCUGAUUUCGCGAAAUCAGAUUUAGGCUCGCUCCUGCUCGCGCAAUCACGAUUGCAACACUUGCACCUGGCGCCGCGUUAAAUUUAGAAAUUAGGCCGCGGCUCGGCUCCUUCCCUUCGACGCCCUGUCACCUGCCGACACGAUUGGCAAUUAUGUAUGCCUUCCGCGAAUUUUUAUCGACUAAUUAAAGCGAUUAUGGAAAUAGAUUAUAUUUAUCAUUGCAUUCUUACUUGCAAGUCCACUUUUAGAAGCGACCACUCGCAUUUAACAUGCUAUUUUGGGAAAGAAACUUUUGUUAGCGAGAAGAAUAUAUCUCGAUUCAAUAUAUGAAAAGCGGAAGAAAACUCGCGCUUUUUUUCUACACUGAAAAAAAAGCUCGAGUAGAACAAACCAAGCCUCUGAGUUGAGUGAAUUUAGUUAUCUCAACUACAAUCAAAUGAAAUUAGAUAAAAAUUUAGUCCGUUCAACAAUCUGAUGGUAAGAGUUCCAAUUAAAAAAUUUAGUUAAAAGUAAAAGAUUAAAACAAUUACAAUGUAUACAUUUAUAUAUUAGACAUAGAUAUUCUUUCAACUACGAUAAAGUUUGAUCUAACUGUGUUGAAUUGAUCGAUUACUAUUCCAGAGUUAAAAUUACUGAUAUUAUGAGUAAUUUUGGUUAAUCGAUCAAUUCAACGCAGCUUUUGUCUAAUAUAAUUGUAUUUUUAGUUUAUUUGACACAAUAAGAUGUUACAAAAAUAUAAAAUAAUGUUGCAAAAAUUAAAGCAGUUGGUUCGCCAUAUACAACUCUGGAAUCACGUUCGUUUAACUUGAUUUUAGUUGCUAAUACUGAUCUUUUUUUAUAUAGUGUAUAAUACCUUCUUAAGAUGUUUAAAUGAAAUAUACAAUACUCUAAAGAAACAAAGGUUUUGUUUUAUAUAAUUGCUCGAUCAUAAACUAUAUAAUUUUUAUUUUAAGAUUGUAAAUGCACCAUCUCGGCUUUUAACAUAAACGAGAAAUAAACUGUUUAAAAAAUAAUGUUAUACUUAGAUAAGUUAUCUUAAAAUUAUUUACAUAAAGAAAAAAUAAAUUACAAACCGAUUUCAGAUAAGAUAAAGAUGAUUUGAUUUUAAAUUGAUCUAAACAAAAAAGUAAAAUUUAUAGUUUUAUCUAAAUAAUUUAAAAUAUUACUGUUGAAAAGACUUCAUAUACUAAUGACUCAGUUUCUGUCUUUCGAUGCAGAUAACUUUAAUGACGGCGGAAUUACCGCAUUAUUCAUGAACCACACGCGUAUGCCAGCGAUGCCAUGCCUAGUUGCGGCACUAGUAGAACAUAACUUCGACAAUUUAAUUAAAUCGACACCGCUAGCCCUAUUAUCUCAGUUUUAUUCGGCAUAUCUUUCUCGCGGUUUAAUUACGCCGCAGUCGGGACGAUUGGAUCGCGCGCGCGUGUGUAACGAAACGGGCACGCACGCGGACGAGGAACGAAGCGAUCAGAAAGUGGAAAACGAAGAGCGGAGGGCACGGCGAACGCGCGGAAUAUUAAGCGUGGGAAAAAAGACGUGCACGAGAACGGGGUAGGAGGGAAGAAGCGAGAGGCGGAUGCCGAGAACUACAAACCGAGUAAACGAGAAGGGCGCUAUUAAGAGGGGCACGGAUGAGGGAAAAGUGUGCGAUUCGGGUAUAAAACGAGCAAAGAAUAGCUGGCCCGUUGAAGGGAAAAAAAGGAAAAAAAAAUUUCCAUUCGUGUGUCGCAAAUAGAAGAGUGAUGUCGAGCACAAUUGAGGACAUAGGAAAUAUAUCCACAUUCUUAUUUAUAAAUCCUUAUUUCUUUAGAGAUUUCUUACAGUUCUUUGAAUAAUUCAAUCUAACGAAAAAUAUCCCUCUUUUGAUUUGGAUCAAUAAAAAUCUCGUGCGAAAAUACCACGAUCCUCCUUCCGAGACGAAUUGUGUGGUAAUGUACGACGAUAGCGUGUGUAUCUGUUGCAUUACGUGCAUGCAUCGAAAGUGUAAAGCUGUAAUGUGAAUCGUAAGUAUGACCUGUAUGAGGUUAAAAGGUCAAUUAUCCCAUUUUCCUAAAAAAAAAUGCGAUAAAAAGGUAAAAGAUAAUUGAACAAUUACGAUCGGAAUCCAAUAUUGAACAAUAAUAACAAUGUAAUUCCAAAUACGUUAAUUUUUUACUACGACAAGUAUCACAGCAGAAACAUAGCAAAUAAAGCUCCUGCAGAUUUUUCUAUAAAAUUACAAUUAAUAUUUAUUGAUUAAUAUUGCAUGGAUAGGAUUUCGCGUACAAUGGAAGAAUAUUAGGAAUAGGAAUUAAAGUGUUCUUAUUAAAUAGAUUAGUAUACUAGGUAGUAAUAAAUUAUAUCUCGUAUGACAUACUUAUUUAGGUCUCUAUUAUGCGUUAUGUUUCGCUAAUCACCAAUCGCAAUCUAUUUUUAUUUUUUUUACUUGUCAGUAGGAAAAAUCGCUCCCGCUACCAUGUACGCGAUUAGCGACAAUUGGCGGAGCCCUGCGCGACCUUCCGAGUACUUUUUCAUAGAUUGUCGGAGAGACGAGAGAUCAUUAAUGAGAAAUCAUCAUUUCGAUAUUGAUUCGACGUCAUUUCGCGUAGACGUUGUGCUCACGUGUAUAAUCGUAUACAACCGACAAAUAAAUAGUAACCCCACAUUACGAAAACGCGAGGCGAUGGAAUUCCACCAUGGAUAAUUUUGAAGUUCAAGUAUACGCUUGUCGUGCGAUUCGUGAUCGUCGAUCGAUCGCGUCCCUCGCGCGGAUACGCGUUGCAGCUUGCGACACGCCACGAUCUAACGAGAGACAAAGAGAAUCAAUUGAGCUACAACGACGGCGGGAGAGCGAGUUAAUCGGCGGGAGUUCGCAGAAUCCGGGCCUCGUCGUCGGGUUAUCGUCGGACGAUCGGUCCCCGGGAGCCCGCCUGAUAACUUUCCGCGAAACGGCGCGCGCGCACGGCUUACCGGGCUGCACUUAACCGCGAGUACAAUCGACACGCGAGCUGUCGACUCCGUAAAGCGGUCCUCGUCGAUCGCACGUUCAUUUACGAUCACGAGUGAAAAUCUGCUCGCGCGUGUAAGGAGAAACGAUGGAAGGAGGAGGAGAAAGAAGAAGAAGAAGAAGAAGAAGAAGAAGACGACGAGGGUUCGCCAAGAGGGAGAGAGAGAGAGAGAGAGAGAGAGCAGAAGGUACACAAUGAUGCGAGAGCGUUGAGUCGGGACCGGCGCGAGGGGGUAGCGGAGGGAGAGAGGAAGGGGGGAAGGCAAGAGGAGAACGUCCAGUGGCAUCCGCGGCGGGAGGAGGAGGAAGAGGAAGAGGCGGAGGAGGAGGAGGGAGGAACGCAGAGCGGAGACCAGUCGCGGCGGAGUGGGGGGAGUUGGGCCUCAUCUCGGCGGCCAGUUCGACCCGAGUCUCGCGACUCUUCGCGUUGGCGCGCCGUCGAACGCCGGGAAGGCAACCCUUCGGCGAGCAUUCGGUGCCGACUUCCUUCCGUGCUGCCGGUGCGCCAGAAACAUCCCUCCCUUCUCUCUGAGAAUCGCGAGAUAGAUCCGGAGUCUGUGCACGUGACAGUUCGCGAGAUGUGAUCUGACGGCGGUUCGCACGGUUUUUUUUUUUUGGUGAGAGAGAGAACCGGGACCGGCCGCGCAGUGAAGUUGUCAGCGAUCCGACGUUUGACGCGAAUUCGGCAACAAACGUGCCCGCGCGCAGUGGAAUUAAAGCGCGAGCGCGGGUCGGCGUUUCUUCGUUAGAACGUUCGUUUACGCGUGUGUCACAGUAAUGCCGCGAGGAUGCCCGCGUUGCCGUCGCCGCACGAUGCCCCGAUUGCCCCUCGUCGGUAUCGCGCGACGGUGAGCUCGUGGGCCGACGCGACAAGUGCAGCAGGUGCAGGUGCGCCGACGGCGUCCCGGCGAUGCGGGGGGACGCCUGACUCGCGUGUAGAACGUCCGCUUCUCGGAAUCGCCGGUGCGGGAGUGAUCGUCAUCGUCGGUUCGUCCUCCCCGCGGGAGGAGCGCGGGUGGAGCGGCAGCGUCGCCGUCUCGCCGGUGAUCUCGUUUGGACCUCGCCGCGGACGCCGGACCUACCCAUUGGCGUAUCGCGCACUGUGCAGCCAGGGAAAGCAGCAACAGGAUGCUGUCCCCGGGACAAGACGCGCCGCCCAGUAAUUACUCGUCAUCCGGCAAUGUCGUCCUCCAAGGUGCGCCCUGCAGUCAGUGCCGAGACCUGUGCCCCGCCGGAUACGUGCCACACUUUUGGCGGAAAGUGUGCAGGAGCUGCAGGUGCCCGCGGGAGGAGCACCAGCGGGCCUCGACGGAGGCGGGCGGUCCGUCGGGACUCGGCCUGGGCCCGGGCCCGCCGAUGGCGAUGGCCAUGGCCUUCCCGAGCGGCGCCGGCGGCGCGCCUCACCAGGAGCCGUUCAAGAGCCCGGUGCAAGCCGCGCCGGCCGGCCUGGCGCUGCAGGAGGCGCUGAUGCAGCAUCACCAGAGGCACUCGCAGAGCGACGACGACAGCGGCUGCGCGCUCGAGGAGUACACGUGGGUGCCACCCGGGCUCAGGCCCGAUCAGGUGCAUCUGUACUUCAGCGCGCUGCCGGAGGACAAGAUCCCGUACGCGGGUAGCGCCGGCGAGCGGGAGCGGGUUAAGCAGCUGCUGCAGCAGCUACCGCCGCACGACAACGAGGCGCGUUACUGCAGCGGCCUGACCGAGGAGGAGAAGCGCGAGCUGCGGGUGUUCGCGGCCCAGCGGAAGCGCGAGGCCCUCGGGCGCGGCCACGCGAGCCAGCUCGAGCGGCCGCACGGGGCCGGGUGCCGCGAGUGCGGCCGCGCGAUCGCCGCCGGCGAGAUGGCCGUCGCGGCGAGCCGCGCGGGCCCGGCCGCCCUCUGGCACCCCGCCUGCUUCGUCUGCUGCGUGUGCCGGCAGCUGCUCGUCGACCUCAUCUACUUCUGGCGGGACGGCAGGCUCUACUGCGGCCGCCAUCACGCCGAGACCCUCAAGCCGCGCUGCUGCGCCUGCGACGAGAUCAUCCUCGCCGACGAGUGCACCGAGGCCGAGGGUAGGGCCUGGCAUAUGCGCCACUUCGCUUGCCUCGAGUGCGACCGUCAGCUCGGCGGCCAGCGGUACGUGAUGAGGGAGGGCCGGCCGUACUGUCUCAGGUGCUUCGACGCCUCCUUCGCCGAGUACUGCGACAGCUGCGGCGAGCCGAUCGGCGUCGACCAGGGCCAAAUGUCGCACGAGGGUCAACACUGGCACGCGACCGAGGCCUGCUUCUGCUGCGCGACUUGCCGCACCUCCCUCCUGGGCCGGCCGUUCCUGCCGCGACGUGGUGCCAUUUACUGCAGCAUAGCGUGCAGCAAGGGAGAACCGCCGACGACACCGAGCGACUCCUCCGCCGGGCCGCCGCCACUCCCGCCGUCCUUCCUCAGAAGCGGUAGGAGGCAGACGAUGGCCGCGAGCGAGGGUUCGUCGAGUCCACCUCCACCGCCUCCACCUCCGCUCCCUCCAGGCUCGAGGCAUACCCUCGGAUCCCCUAGGAACUCACCUCGAAUGACCAGAAGACAUCAGCAAAUGUCCGCUUCUUUGGCGACGACGCCCACCCAAAACACCAUGAACCCCGAAUUCGGCGCGGAAGGACUUUCUUCCAGCGGUUCUAGACCCAGCGGUCUCGACAGAGUACUCCUGGAACGGAACCUUGAGAGACUGUUGCAGGAACGUGGCUCUCAUCCCGACGAAAAUUGCAGCGAGUUGGGAAGGCUGAUGCAAGCGCGGGAUCGGGAGCCCCUGAGAUGCAUCCAGAAUUGCACGCCUUCUCACGCGUCGAGCAUGCCGGAAUUGCCGCCACCCCCGCGGCCGUCGUCGGGAGCUUCGGCGUCGACAUCGACCGCCGGCGCGACGUCCGCCAGCGUAUUAGCGCAAGAGUCAGCGACGUCGCCGGCCAAUCCCGGGAUUGGAGCCAGCCAGACGGAUCCGCCGACGCCGACGUCGCGACGAGUGCGAUUCCAGGGGGAUCUAGACGUCAACGAUCACGGCGCGACGUCGCGCAUUCCCCUCUCGCCGGCGAACGACCGGAAUUCGUCGUCGUCGCCCUCGCCCACGUCGCUAUCGAGAACGAACGUGUCUCGAUCGAGGAGUCUGCAACCCGAGGAAGUCGCCAGCACGUCAACUUGGGGAACGGCAGGUACGUCCAGGUCGAGGAUGGACGGCGAGGAUGACGACGCCGAGAGCUGUUGCUCGACGUGCAGCUCGUCCAGCAGCUCGGACGAGGCCGCGGCUUACGCACUGCCACCGCGACGAGCUUACGGCGGCGUCCGGAUCUCUUACGUGCCGAACGACGCGGUGGCGUGCGCGCGGAAACGCGCGCCCGCGUCCUCGUCACCGAAUCAGGCUCAGAGGGACACCGAGAAAUGCGUCAUAUCUUGAUAAGGCCUUCGGUACAAAUCGGUUUUUACGUCGUUGCACCGUCACGAUAAUCAAGGGGCGGAGGAAGGAGUCUCCUACGAACUGGACGCGCACACCUCUCGCUACCUUUCGAAGCGUCGCCGACGCCUGCGGCAUCGCAGCACGUCUCGCACGCACGCGAGGCACACGUGGACGUGUAACGACGUGGGCAACGUGAAAAUAAUACUCAUUUUAUUUCUGUAAAUAUUGUGAGCUCUCUUCCGGGACGCGCGUCCGCCAGCGUCCGCGCAUCCCUCUAUUUUUAAUACCCUAUUAAUGUAUUUGAUAAUAAUAACAUGAUGACAAUGAUAAUAAA